CUCAGUUGGCUUUUGGCCAUUAGCACGAACGGUGGUAGUGAACGCGUACAAAUUGAAAAGUCAAACACACAACAGAAACUCAGCUCGACACAGUGUUUCGUUCAACUUUAGACCAACGCUGUGAAGGAAAGUGUAGCGCGGAAGCACCUUCAACGUUUUUAUUGCAGCCUGGAGCCUUGCGGCAGUUGCUGUCUAUAUACAACGCUCAACAAAAUUCGCUUUUGGCUGCCGUUUAUUUGCGAAAAGUGCACCACUUCUCGCGGCACUUUUAAUUAGCAACCUUUCGCUGGCUGAUUUGCGCAUGCGCAGCGCAUAAAAGCCGUCAAUCACUGGCCGAAACAUCGAUCGCUUAUCGAAAGCGAAAGUUUACUCUCGUUCAACAAGUGGGCGCUGGUCACUCUUGAUUUUUUUAUCUCACUUAUGUCUUUUUUUGUGAAAUUUGCUUGCAAUUUAAUUACCUUGAACUGUGUUUAUUGCCAAAAACAGCUUCGUUUGCGCCCGUUUGGUCUGUGUAGUGUGUAGUGCGUGAAAUUCAUUCGCAAAUUGUGCGCUAAAAAACAAAAACAAAACAACGUGUUUACGAAAAGCGUAAAAGUGAAAUUUACCGUUAAUCGUAAAGCGAAAAAAUUUUCAAAAACUAAAAGCAAAAUUGUGCGCCAAAAUGCCUUCGACCGCGCAUCCUCGCUUCAUCUUCUAUCUGCUCUGCGCCGCCUCGCUGCUCGCCGUGGCACGCUCCGAUCCCACCGGCACUCGCAAUCAGCGUCGCUAUGAAGACUCCGGAGAAGAUAUCGCCUAUGAAGCAGCGAAGCAAUUGGGCCAAUUAAACUAUCGUCUCAACCAGCUGGCCUUCGAAGAGCAAUCCCGGCAAAUAUCUCUACCAAAUAUCACGAUCAAUAAUCUAGUAAGCCGCAUACCCUGCACCUGUGACAAGGGUAUAUGCAAAUGCUGUGCUGGAUUCCUCUCUGUAAUCGGCUUAAAUAGCUGCACCGAGGUCGUCUAUCGGCCCGACGAAUUCUCUUUCGAGUUGCGUAUGCGCGUCAAUAAUAAUGUGUGGUUCAAACGUAAGGUCUCCGGUCAGAACCCGCCGCCAUUCUGCUUCCGUCCGCCACGUUUCAACUUUGCGAGGGCCUGUAUACAGUUCCACGACAUCUGGUUUGUGGGACGAAAUAUGCAUGUCUGCAUGUAUUUGUCGGGCUCUUUUCAAGGCUACGAACUUUUCGAACGCAACUUCGAUUGUCUACUCUUCGGCGAUAAGGGCGUGAAAAUUGUUAAACCGGAGGACGGCUAUCCCGUGCGUCCCACAGACGUGGAUAUCGAUGAUGGUGAUGAUGAAAUCGAGGAGUAUGAUGAGAAUGUGGUGCGCAGAAGACGGCACAGUCGUCUGAGUAAAGUUAUGCGCUCGAGCGAUGAAGCCUAAUCUAUACACAUUCCUCAUGCCAUUCUUCAUGACUGAUAAACUUAUCUUAAAUUAUUUUCUAUUUUAUAUCUAAAUUAGCUAGUUUUACAUCUAAAUUAUUUUAUAUCACAACACCAUGCAUAUAAAUUCCAUGUGUUUCAAUGCUGUUA